AUGGAAGAUCUGGGAAUCAGUUAUGUGACUUGGAAACCAAAUGACAUAAAGAAGAAUUAUCAGAGAUUUGUCCUUGGAGAACAUGCUUUCAGUCGGGAAGUGAAUGGAUGUCUAGAAAACGGGAGCCAGACAAGUGGUGAGGAGCGCAGAGUGGAAAUAGCAGAGAAAAAGAAGUCCCCCAAACCUGUUUCCAAACUUUGCAUGCCCAGGAGAAGCAAGUCCGAUGGAGAAACAAAAUCCCUGCCAAACAGAAACCUGAGGAAGACCCUGAAAAAGCAAAAUCAGGUGAUUCUGUCGAUGAAGAAGAAAAAGACCAGGUAGGGCUCGCGUUUCAGUUUCUUAACUCUGCCUUAUUUUGGUACACUUGCUGGUAAUUGUGAAUUUACACUUGGUCUGUCUAUGGACCAUAAGUGACUGAGAGGGUGUUAGAACAUAUCCCUGGACCCAGGGCAGUACGAAGUGUAUUAUGGUUAGACCCGAGGACUCAGCAGGCCCGUAACUUUGGUGUGUUCUCUCCUGUCUACCU